AUGGCCCUGCACAGCCACCCACGCUGCCGCCUGCUGGGCAGGGAGGGGCCCGGCCGGCGCUUCGCAGACCGCGCCCUGAACUCCUGGCUGGCGCGUACCUUCCACGCUGUGCACGCCGCGGCGCCGCAGCCCGUGGUCCUCGGGCCCCACGGUCUGCACCACGCCCACCUCUUCCGCGCGCAUGCUGCCGGGCAGGGCCUGGGCCUGCUCUUCCACGCCGCAGAGUAUCCUGCCUACUGCGAGCAGGGGUUCCCCGUCCACCUGGGGUACUGCCAGGCGGGCAGCACCUUGCAGUACAGCCCAGACACCAUGGCCUGGCGCAACUUUGUCUGGUGGGCGGGCGGGAAGUACGGGGGCUCACUGGCGGCGCUGGACACGGGGCCAUCGUCGCCACUCAACCAGCGCCUGGUGUACCCCGGCUUGGAGGCGCUCGGUACGGUGUACGAGGGUAGCUUUGGCGACUGGCUGGCCGAUGUGUACUACAUAUCUUGGUGGGCAGAGAGACGGCGCCAGCAGCGCAUCCUUGUGUCUCUGCCCGGCAUUCCCCAUGCCCCUGCCCGCCGGCGGCGUCCUGAGCUCGGGUGA